GAGUCUCGGCCCUGCGGCUCGGCGGAGCGCGCGUGCGGUCGCUGCUAGUGGUACGGUGCACCGGGGUGGCCGGGCGAGACGGGCGGCAUGGGGCGGCGGUAGCGGCGCGGAUGUGCGCGCGCUCGGAGGCGGUGGAGCUGGAGGUGCUGGGCGCGGAGGGCGAGCCGCGCCCGCCGCGCCCGCUGCGCCUCUCCCUACUCGAGCUGCUGGGCAAGCUGGUGCGACGCGAGCCCGCGCCGCCGCACCGCCGCAACCGGCACAACCAUCGCUUCCGCACCUUCGUCUCCUGCGAGAAUGAACGGAGAAUCAAAGCUAACAAUAGGGAAUACAAUGCCCAGUUCCGUUACGCUAACAACUACAUCAAAACAUCGAAGUAUUCGAUCAUAACGUUCCUGCCGCUGAAUUUGCUGGAGCAGUUUCAGCGGCUAGCCAACUUCUACUUCCUGUGCCUGCUGGUGCUGCAGCUGAUCCCCGCGAUCUCGUCGCUCACGCCCAUCACCACCGCCAUUCCGCUCAUCGGCGUGCUCGCGCUCACCGCCGUCAAGGACGCCUACGACGACUUCCAACGUCACCAAAACGAUUCCCAAGUGAAUCACCGGCGCGCGAAGACGCUGCGCAAUGGCAAGCUCGUGGAAGAGAAGUGGGCGUCUGUUCAGGUGGGAGACGUCAUCCGGCUGGAGAACGACCAGUUCGUGGCCGCCGACAUCCUGCUGCUCAGCAGCUCGGAGCCCAACGGGCUCUGCUACAUUGAGACUGCUGAGUUGGAUGGGGAGACGAAUUUAAAAUGUCGUCAGUGCCUUUUGGAGACGGCCGCGAUGGGCCAGGACGACGCACAACUGGGCGCCUUCGACGGCGAGAUCGUCUGCGAGACACCCAACAAUCUACUUAAUAAGUUUGACGGCACGCUGACUUGGCGCGAGCGAGUGUUCUCCUUGGACAACGACAAGAUCCUUCUGCGGGGCUGCGUGCUGCGCAACACCUCGUGGUGCUACGGCGUGGUCGUGUUCGCCGGCAAGGACACCAAGCUCAUGCAGAACUCCGGCAAGACCAAGUUCAAGCGCACCAGCAUAGAUAGGCUACUUAAUUUUCUUAUUAUAGGGAUAGUGUUCUUCCUGCUGUCAAUGUGCGUGUUCUGCACGGUGGCGUGCGGCGUGUGGGAGUGGCUGGUGGGGCGGCACUUCCAAGCAUAUCUACCGUGGGACUCGCUGGUGCCCGUGGAGCCUGUGUCGGGCACCGUCGUCAUCGCGUUCCUCGUGUUCUUCUCUUACGCCAUCGUGAUGAACACUGUUGUGCCUAUAUCGCUAUACGUUUCCGUCGAAGUAAUAAGAUUUGCGCAGAGUUUCCUCAUCAACUGGGACGAGAAGAUGUAUUACGACAAGACCGGGACGGCCGCCAAGGCGCGGACGACCACGCUCAACGAGGAGCUCGGUCAAAUCCAAUACAUAUUCUCGGACAAAACGGGCACGCUGACACAGAACAUAAUGACGUUCAACAAGUGCUCGAUCGCGGGCGUGUGCUACGGCGACGUGGUGGACGAGCACACGGGCGAGGCCAUCGAACUCAACGAGAGCACGCAGCCGCUGGACUUCUCGUUCAACCCCGAGUACGAGGCGGAAUUCAAGUUCUUCGACGAGUCGCUGCUGCUGGCCGUGCAGCGCGGCGACCAGCACGUGCACGACUUCUUCCGGCUGCUCGCGCUGUGCCACACCGUCAUGCCGGACCAGAAGAACGGCCGGCUCGAGUAUCAGGCGCAAUCUCCAGACGAGUCGGCGCUGGUGUCCGCCGCUAGGAAUUUCGGUUUCGUGUUCAGAGAACGCGCGCCUAAUAGUAUUACUAUAGAAGUUAUGGGUAAGACAGAGGUGUAUGAAUUGUUGUGUAUAUUAGAUUUUAAUAAUGUUAGGAAAAGAAUGUCCGUGAUAUUGAGGAAGGAUGGUGAAAUUAGGUUAUAUACAAAAGGUGCUGAUAACGUAAUAUAUGAAAGGUUAAAAGGAAACCAAGACGGAGUGAAGUCGAGGACGCAGGAGCAUUUAAAUAAAUUCGCGGGCGAGGGUCUACGCACGCUUGCGUUAGCGUGGCGGCCGCUAGACGAGCGCGGCUUCGCGGAGUGGAAGCGACGGCACCACACGGCGGCGCUAGCCUUACACGACCGGGACGAGCAACUCGACGCCAUCUACGAGGAGAUCGAGACAGACCUGCUGCUGCUGGGUGUUACAGCAAUUGAAGACAAAUUACAAGACGGAGUACCUGAAACGAUAGCAAAUCUUAGCAUGGCGGGCAUCAAAAUAUGGGUGCUCACCGGAGAUAAACAAGAGACGGCGAUAAACAUCGGGUACUCGUGCCAGCUGCUGACGGACGACAUGGCGGAGGUGUUCGUGAUCGACGGCGUCGCGCACGACGACGUGGAGCGACAGCUCGCCAAGUGCCGCGACUCCAUCCGCGUAGUCAACACCUUCCUGCCGCCCGGCACUAGUGGCGGGUCGGCGGGCACGGCCGCGGCGGGCGCGCCGAACGGGGCGGGGAUGCCGCGCGGCGGCGCCUCGCCCGGGCGCGCCGCCGGCGUCAAGCUCAACGCGCCCGCCGUGUCCGUCGUCACAUUUAGCAACGAGUACGCGGCGGGCGGCGGGCCGGCGUCCGCGGACUCGCACGAGCACGGCAACGACGACACCAACGGGUUCGCCAUCGUCAUCAACGGACACUCGCUGGUUCACUGCCUACACCCCAAGCUCGAGGAGAAGUUUCUCGAGGUGGUGCUGCACUGCCGCUCGGUGAUCUGCUGCCGCGUGACGCCGCUGCAGAAGGCCAUGGUGGUGGAGCUGAUCAAGAAGGCGCGCCGCGCCGUCACGCUCGCCAUCGGCGACGGCGCCAACGACGUCUCUAUGAUCAAAGCGGCGCACAUCGGCGUGGGCAUCUCCGGGCAGGAGGGCAUGCAGGCGGUGCUGGCGGCCGACUACUCCAUCGCGCAGUUCCGCUUCCUGCAGCGGCUGCUGCUGGUGCACGGCCGCUGGUCCUACUACCGCAUGUGCAAGUUCCUGCGCUACUUCUUCUACAAGAACUUCGCCUUCACAGUGUGCCACUUCUGGUUCGCGUUCUUCUGCGGGUUCAGCGCGCAGACGGUAUUCGACGAGAUGUUCAUCUCGGUGUACAACCUGUUCUACACGUCGCUGCCGGUGCUGGCGCUGGGCGUGUUCGAGCAGGACGUGUCGGACGCCACCUCGCUGCAGUUCCCCAAGCUCUACGUGCCCGGGCACACCUCGCAGCUCUUCAACAAGACCGAGUUCAUCAAGUCCACGCUGCACGGCUGCUUCACAUCGCUGGUGCUGUUCCUCAUCCCGUAUGGUACUUACAAGGAUGGACUGGCGCCCGACGGCAAGAUCCUCUCCGACCACAUGCUGUUGGGAAGCGUCGUGGCGACGAUACUAAUCAUAGACAACACGACGCAGAUCGCCCUGGACACGACGUACUGGACGGUGUGCAACCACGUGACGAUCUGGGGCUCGCUGGUGUCCUACUUCGUGCUCGACUACUUCUACAACUACGCCAUCGGCGGGCCCUACGUCGGCUCGCUCACCGUCGCGCUCACGCAGGCCACCUUCUGGUUCACGGCUGUGCUCACUAUGAUAAUCCUGAUGGUGCCGGUGGUGUCGUGGCGGCUGGCGUGGUCGGUGUCGCGGCCCACGCUGGCGGAGCGGCUGCGCGCGCGCCAGCGCUGGCGCGAGGCGGCGCCCGCGCCGCGCACGCCCUCCGCGCGCCGCGUGCGCCGCUCCAUGCGCUCCGGGUACGCCUUCGCGCACCAGGAGGGCUUCGGGCGUCUCAUCACGUCAGGCAAGAUCAUGCGGCGCAUCCCGCACGCGGACGCGGCGCUGCACGCGCUGGCCGCGCUGCCCGGCAAGUUCAGCGCGCGGCCCGCCACGCCGCCCGCCGAGCCCGACCCGCCCGCCUCCUCCCCGACCUCCCCCGCCUCCCCCACCUCCCCCGGCACUCCCCCCAGCCCCAGGGCACCCAAGCAGGAUCUCGACUCCGUCGACUUAUGAGCGCCGCCGACCCGCAGGACUGUAGUUCGCUAGUGCCCGUGUGUGUGAGCGAAGCGUGCCGGACUGUGCGUGUAUGUACGUGUACGCGACCCGUGCGAUCUCGGGGCCGAGGGCCCCUUUUGUACUUUAAUAUUUAUUCGGCCCGGGGCGGCCGUGAUUUCCUUAAAAAGACGAAAUGUACAAUAUAAUAUCGAGAGUAAAGUUUGUAAAUACUGAGAGGGUUACGAACGAACCAUAAUUUUUUAAAUAGACGGCAUAAUGUCGUCGCGACUCAUAUUGUGAUAACGUUACUAGAGUUAAAAUUCGUAUUAUAUUAUUACCUAUAUUAAAUUAUAUUUGUUGAUCGAGAGUAUAUAUUGAUAGAUAUUUAUUAUGGUACGUGCUAAGAUUACUCUUUUAUAUCGGAAAGCGUAGUAUUUCGUAAUAUUUGUUUACGUGUUAGACGACCUAGUUCCGUUCCGCAGCACUCCCGAUCGUUCGGUAUCGUUUCAUUAGUUGCGGUCCCGGCGACCGUUCGCAAUCCAUUAGAACAAUAUUAGUCGUAGUGUCACGAUACCUUCUAUAAUCUCGAUGAUAAUUCCUCGAAUCGGCUUAUUAUUCUUUCUUUUUGAAUUUGUUGUUUUCUACUAAUUUCAUUGAACUUUGUUACAUGUUUUGUCUGUUGAUUUCUCUUAAGAGCUUAAUGUUUUCAAAUGAUAUUUAAUUGUCGUCUAUGUGUCCGAAAACUUAGAAAAAUGUGCAUUUAAACUGAACUGUCCAAUUCCGCAAGCAGUGAAAACGCCACAUUCAUUGUAAAAUUUAAGACAUCAAUUUGUUAUUGUUGUGCCAACAACAUUGUAGCCUAAGUGUAAUUUAUUACUCACUGUUUGCUUGAUAUUGAAAAAGUACCAAUUGAAGUGGGUAUUUAUAAGCUGUACAGUUGAAAACUAAGCUGAUCGUCCUAUAGUAGUAACCGAUCCGUGUAAAUGAUUUAUCGAUGCCGAAAAUGAAACUUGAUGCCGAGUACGCGCGAGAGCGCGCCACAUGCCUUAAUAUCAUAUAAAAUUGGAUGUUGCAUUUUAACUGCAUGCGAAUUGAAACAUGAAUUUGCUUUGGAAUCGAUUUUUUAAUAAAAAAUAUAAUUCUUA